CAUUCUUCAAACAAUGUGACUGAAUUUAUUCUGCUUGGACUUACACAAAAUCCACAACUACAAAAAAUUUUCUUUGUCGUAUUUUUAUUCAUCUUCCUCUUCACUGCAUUGGCCAACCUGUUCAUCGCAAUCACCAUUGCCCUGAGUCCUAUGCUUUCAGCCCCCAUGUACUUCUUCCUUACUUAUUUGUCCUUUAUUGAUGCCUGCUAUACAUCUGUCACCACCCCCAAGAUGAUUAUUGAUCUUCUUUAUCAGAGGAGAACUAUUUCUUUCAGUGGUUGUCUCAUUCAGCUCUUUGUUGAACAUUUCCUUGGGGGUUCCGAAAUCAUUCUCCUCAUUGUCAUGGCUUAUGACCGUUAUGUUGCCAUCUGCAAGCCUUUGCACUACAUGACUAUUAUGCAUCCUCGUGUAUGCCGCCUUUUGGUAGUAGUGGUUUGGGUUGGUGGUUUAGUGCAUGCCACUGCCCAGAUCCUCUUCAUGAUCCAUCUCCCCUUCUGUGGCCCUAAUGUCAUUGAUCACUUCAUGUGUGACCUAUUCCCCUUGCUGAAACUGGCCUGCACUGAUACCUACAUGCUGGGUAUGGUUGUUGCUGCUAACAGUGGAGUAAUGUGCAUGCUGAUUUUUUCCAUGCUUCUUGUGUCUUAUGUUGUCAUCUUGCGCUCCCUGAAGAACCAUAGCUCAGAGGGAAAACGCAAAGCCCUCUCUACCUGUGGCUCCCACUUCCUUGUGGUUGUCUUGUUCUUUGUGCCCUGUAUCUUCACAUACACACGACCUGUGGUUACCUAUCCUAUUGACAAAUUAGUCACUGUGUUUUUUGCUAUUUUAACCCCUAUGUUAAAUCCCAUAAUCUACACAGUGAGGAACACAGAGGUGAAAACUGCCAUGAAGAAUUUGUUUAAAAAAAGAGUCACUUCCACCUAA